CAUCGGUAUGUGGCCUGCAGGCGACCCACUGUUGAACAUUAGUCAGAGCUGGAGGCACGAGGAACAAGUCCUCUAGUUCAGUUUAUCAAAUGGCAAAUCGAGAUGCAACAGGAGCUGGAAUUACUCUGACUAUUGAGUCUGACAAUAGAAGACAACAGAAAGACAGUGAGCCUCCAUCUAUGUCCUUCCCAUCCACAUCCAAGUCGUCCCAGACCGUGUCAACAUGGCAUGGUUUUGGGCAGAAGGUGCGUCUCCUGACCCCUUACCUGUGGCCCCGGGGCAGCCUGCCUCUUCAGGUAAUGGUCCUGCUCUGUCUGGCCCUACUGGCCAUGGAAAGGGUCAUCAACGUCUUCGUCCCCAUCUACUCCAAAAACAUAGGUACAUCAGGGUUUAUCAGUAACCUGAGGUCCUUCCUGUGGACGCAGGUCCAGCAGUACACCAGUAGGGUGGUUCAGGUCCGUCUGUUUGGUCACCUCCACUCCCUGUCGUUGCGCUGGCACCUGGGGAGACAUACUGGGGACGUUCUGAGUAGUGUAGACCGAGGAACAUCUUCUAUCAACAACCUGCUCAGCUACAUCAUCUUCAGUAUCCUGCCCACCAUCGCUGAUAUAGUCAUCGCCAUCCUCUACUUUGUAUCCUACUUCAGUGCCUUGUUCGGCCUCAUCGUCUUCAUCUGCUUGCUAAUCUACCUCACUUUCACCAUCCUGAUCACUGAGUGGAGGACCAAGUACAGACGAGACAUGAACACUCAGGACAACAAUGCCAAGUCUAAGGCUGUGGACUCGCUGCUCAACUUUGAGACGGUGAAAUAUUACAAUGCUGAGGGGUAUGAAGUGGCCUGCUUCGAGGAGGCAAUUCUGAAGUACCAGCAGUCAGAGUGGAAGACCAACGCCUCGUUGGCCCUACUGAACCAGACCCAGAACCUGAUCAUUGGCUCAGGGCUAUUAGCAGGUUCUCUGCUCUGUGCCUACAUGGUCACAGAAGGCCAGUUCCAGGUUGGUGACUAUGUCCUGUUUGGCACCUACAUCAUCCAGCUGUACACUCCUCUCAACUGGUUUGGUACAUAUUACAGACUAAUCCAGAGUUCCUUUAUUGACAUGGAGAACAUGUUCAAGAUCUUAACAGAACACAAAGAGGUGAAAGACGAUGUCAGCGCCACAGACCUCCAGUUGACAACCGGCGAGGUGAAGUUUCAGAACGUGUGCUUCAGCUACACUGAGGGGAAUGUGAUCCUCAGGGGUAUAUCGUUCACUGUGAUGGCUGGCCAGACUGUUGCUCUGGUGGGCCAGUCUGGUUCAGGUAAAAGCACUAUCCUCCGUCUGCUGUUUCGCUUCUAUGACGUCCAGGGAGGAUGCAUCCGUAUUGAUGAACAGGAUAUAUCCAGGGUGACCCAGACCUCUCUCCGCUCCUACAUCGGUGUGGUUCCUCAGGACACGGUGCUCUUUAAUGACAGCAUAAGAAACAACAUCCGGUACGGACGCAUUCCCGCUAGCGACCAGGAGGUGGAGGUGGCUGCCCUCGCUGCGGACAUACACUACAAGAUCCUGUCACUGCCCGAGGGGUAUGAGACCCAGGUGGGAGAGAGGGGUCUGAAGCUGAGUGGAGGAGAGAAACAGAGAGUAGCCAUCGCCCGUACAAUCCUGAAGGACCCCCGUAUUAUACUGCUGGAUGAGGCCACGUCAGCCCUGGACACACAGACAGAACGCAACAUCCAGGCUUCACUCUCCAAAGUCUGUGCCAACAGGACCACUAUAGUAGUAACGCACAGACUGUCGACCAUCGUUGGCUCAGACCAGAUCCUGGUAGUCCAUGAUGGCCAGAUUGCCGAGAGAGGGAGGCAUGAGGAGUUGCUGUCCCAGGGAGGUUUGUACUCUGCUAUGUGGCUGAAACAGCAGCACAGCACAGCCAAGACAGAGACAUACAACUCUAACCCAGAGGGUCAGCAGGCCACUACUCCCCACCACGGUCCCUGAGCCAGUAUCCCAGCACAGAGCUAACCUACAGCUAACCAGGGAACAGAGGAGCAGAUUGAGCCAGGAUAGAGCUCAACCAUCUGAAGGAAAAGAUUCAAAUCAUAUUGUGGCAUUUUGGGCGGGUACGGCGAGGUUCUGAGGCGAGUUUCAAACUUAGCAUCCUAAUGUACAGCAUCCAAGAUACAUUACUGCUGCUCCAAGAAAAGCUGGUUACACUAGACGGUGACUUUAGAAAACUACUUACACUAGAUUGUAACUUUACAAAGCGAGUUACACUAGACGGUGACUUUAGAAAACUAGUUACACUAAAUGGUGACUUUAGAAAACUAGUUACACUAGACGGUGACUUUAGAAAACUAGUUACACUAGAUUGUAACUUUACAAAGCGAGUUACACUAGACGGUGACUUUAGAAAACUAGUUACACUAGAUGGUGACUUUACAAAGCUAGUUACACUAGAUGGUAACUUUACAAAGCGAGUUACACUAGAUGGUGACUUUACAAAGCUAGUUACACUAGAUGGUAACUUUACAAAGCGAGUUACACUAGAUGGUGACUUUACAAAGCUAGUUACACUAGAUGGUGACUUUACAAAGCUAGUUACACUAGAUGGUACAGUGCCUUGCGAAAGUAUUCGCCCCCUUUGAACUUUGCGACCUUUUGCCACA